UGAUAUCAUGAAGGCUCAGUUGUUUUAUAUGAUUUUUAAGUUUAAAAUAAAUUUUAGAAUCCAGUUUAUAUUACAGGUAAUUGUCUGCAUUAAAUUUAUUGCCCAUAAUGAAGACAAGAUGGUCACGGGAUGUGAGAAUGUUAGCAAAAUCAGAAAAAAACAUAUCAGUGUCAGUUCAUUAUCAAGUAAAAGACUUGUGAUAAGUUCAGAAUUCCUAUAUGUUACUUAAUUUAUUAACCUUUUGUUCUUGGUUUCCAGGUGGUGGCCCAGCAGUUCUCACAAACUACACUCCUCUUGAAGAAACUAUUCUGACACUGACUGAGCCUGUUGAUAUUACUGGUUUACUAGGGGUUUAUGAAAAUGAGACAGAAGUUGAUGAUGUUGCAGAACCAACUCCUGGGCCAUCUGGGAUAGCAUCUCAGGUCAUAACAGAUUCGAAAGUUGUUGUAACAUUGGAUGAGGGCACUCCAGAGGAGCAAGAAAUGACAAUAUCCAUUGUGUCAAUGGACCACACUUACUCUUCAGAAUUACCUCCUUUUUUAAUAGAAGACAGUGAUGCUCAGGAUGGAGGUAGCAGGCAUGGUCAUAGCAGAAGAUCAGAAGAAAGGAGAAUUUUGCCUGACAUGCUUCAGAUACAAGCAAAUAUAGAAAUUCACUUGAAACAGCUUGUAAGCUCAGUAAAAGACAUUGCAUCAGCAUUACAAACAAUUGCUGGUGUUAUAAAAGAUAUGGCAUAAGUUCUUAUUUCUAUCAAAUUAUGAAAUAUUUUAGUUCUUCCCCCAUUCAAUUCUAGUCUUAAUCUACCCAUUUAUAGUACACAGUUGACAUUAAUUUGUGAUAGGCAUUUGUACAUUUAACAAAGUCAUAAUGUUAAGUUAUUGCUUGAGAGACUAAGUCUAAAAUAAGUCUUUAUUUCGGAGUUCCGUUAUUUCUUUAGUACAGACUAAGGCAAAAAUCCAUUAUAUAUUAUUUAUUUUUUGUUCGCAUUAAUGUUUGCACUGAGGUUGUGAAAAUUGUAUUUUGGUUUUAUGAUAUAGGUUAAGACCAUUUUAUCCAGUUUGGAAGAAUCAUAUUUUAAUAGGGAGGGAAUUCAGGAUUUUAUUAUUUUUUUAGGAAAAAAAUGAUUUUCAUUUUUUUCAAAAUUCUGACAGAUGCACUGUUUGGUUUCUGCAUAGGUUAUAUAUUUUCCUUUUAGGUUAAGGAAGUAACACAUUUUUGUUGUUUACACAUGGCAAUAAUAAAGUUAAACUAUAAUAGUUCUGGUGCUGUCAAUUAAGAUUGAUUUUAUUUGUUGAUACUAAGACAGAGCUGUAUUUAAGUUUAAUUUAUUUUUCUGGUUUUGAUGUUGUAGGCUGAGGAAGAAAGCAAAUAUAUACUUAUUGCUAUUCUAAUAUUUAUGGUUAACAUAGUAAUUAAGCUUUGAGGGACAGCUUUGCUCGUAUUUUAAAAAUGU